CGGCGACGGGCAGCUGUGGUGCGGAGCCGCGUGAGAGGCGCAGCUGCCGACCGUCGCGCUCCAGUCCGGCUGGGGUGGUGCGGAGGGGUGAGCUGCCGCCCGAGGUCCUGUCCUCACCCGUCGCCGCAUGGACGUCGUAUAGCACGGAUCGAAACAGAAGACGCUAGUCAUGAGCGAGUUUCGAGCCAAGGACAUCGGCCUGCGCGUCCAAAAGAAGCUAGCUAGCAAAAUCAGCAACAAGACGGUGGCCAGGACGCUGCUGGACGACGCCACCAGCCAGAUCCUCGACAACCUCUUUAAGCUCUGCAAAGGCGUGACCGGUAACAAAAAGGAAUCCGAGAAGGUCAUCAAGAACCUGAUCAAAGUGGUCGUCAAAGUGGGAAUCCUGAACAAGAAUGAUCAGUUCGACCAUGACGAGAUGGUGCUGGCGGCCAAGUUCCAGCGCAAGUUCCAGAUGACCUCCAUGACCAUCAUCAGCUUCUACCAGAUCGACUUCAGCUACGAUCGCAGCUUCAUCACACAGAGCCUGCUGGACAUGAAGGCCAUGCUCACCAAGCUGGUGGAACGACACCUGACCGAUAAGACGCUCUCGCGUAUCGAGCACGUGUUCACGUUCUUCCGCGAGCCACGGUUUCUGGACGCAGUGUUUGCCCGGAACUCGGAGCACCGUGAUUUGCUUGGCAAAAUCACUAAGGACCUGAACACGAUCUUGGAGGCCUCCGAAGAUGACGCCAGUUAGGGCGCACGCGUCAAACGUUGGCUGUGACACUGCUAUCCGUCGUAUGAUAAUCGUGUGUAUAAACAUUCUGUCCGGCCGAAGGCCAGUGGUUACGACACAUGCAACUGGAAAUCGUUGCAAAAACGCGAGCCAUUCGCGCCGCACACGGUUAUGUUCGUCGUGUGCCUUAAGAUAUUUACUGAGGUGUCAUAUCGGGUGGGUUUUCACUCCUGUUGUGCCUGAUUAAGUAAAUAAACGCUGCUAGCGAUAA